ACGUCGGUUUAUAAAGAAAUAUAUAAACGACAUGCCGUCCGCCUGCCAAGUCGUCAUCUUGUUCGAGUAAUCGGGGAAGAAACAUUGAACAAACGAAACUUUUCUCCCAGAACACCAAUUCCCCACCUAGCAAAGCCCCAAAGUCAUCAAUCGACGAACCCAGUAUUGAAACUUGAUGGAAAACGAAGAGCAAAAUGCACCAGCAAUACCACAACAAGGUUCUCAAAAUAAGAAGAAGACAUUGAUUACAAUACCUUCUUACCAAGAAGUAAUAGCAAGCUCACAAAUCAAAUCAACACCAACACAAAAUCUCUUCACGCCAUCUCAGACUUUCUCUCAAGCCUUCUCUUUUAUCAAAAAAACUGAAUUUUAUGACCCUCCACCACCUAUUAAACCCACUAACACCGAAAAUCCCUCUUCAAGUCAAGGUGGUGAAGUGAAGGUGGUGGUUUCUUCAAGUUCUUCUUCACAGUCUAAUCUGGUUUCUUCAAGUCCUUCUUCAAAGAUUAAUCAGAAUCGAAAUUCCAUUCUUGUUAGUCACAGGCAGAAGGGAAAUCCCUUACUAAAACAUAUCAGAAAUGUGAGAUGGGUUUUCGCUGAUGUUGUUUGCGACUACUUGCUGGGGAAGAAUUCAUGUGCUCUGUAUCUAAGUCUUCGAUAUCAUUUGCUGCAUCCAGAUUACCUGUAUUACCGUAUAAGGGAAUUGCAGAAAAACUUCAAGCUUCGCGUUGUUCUCUGCCAUGUUGAUGUGGAGGAUGUUGUUAAGCCUUUACUUGAAGUUACUAAAACUGCUCUACUACAUGAUUGUACCCUGUUAUGUGCUUGGAGCUUGGAGGAAUGUGGUCGCUACUUGGAGACUAUCAAAGUCUAUGAAAACAAGCCAGCUGACCUUAUUCAAGGUCAAAUUGAUAGAGACUAUUUAUCACGGCUGACUCAUGCCCUUACAACUGUUCGACAUGUUAACAAGACUGAUGUGGUUACAUUAGGGUCAACAUUUGGGUCUCUUUCUCAUAUCAUGGAUGCAUCCAUGGAAGACUUAGCUCGUUGUCCUGGCAUAGGAGAGCGCAAGGUUAAACGCUUGUAUGAUACUUUUCAUGAACCAUUCAAGCGCAUAGCUUCCAGUCAACCUAAUAUUCCACAAGCCACUCUCCAAAAAGCUGCUGAACCUCACUCAUUGAGUGAAGUGAUGGAAGUGGAUAAAGAAACAGAAGAUGCAAGCAAGCGUAGGAAGAAAGAACCUGAAUUGACUGUUAAGUCAGCUCUAUCUACUGCUUUUGCUAAAUAUGCUGAUAAAAUUGGUAAAAAGGACAAUAGCUCGCCUGGAAACAAGGAAGAGGAAACAAGUGCCGCCAAAUCAGGGUCUGAGAAAAAGAAUGACAAUGAAGAAGUUGGCAAUUGAUUAUACUUCUACUUACCCAAAAUUCACACAAACCAAAAAAUGAGCACCGCAUGAAACAGAAAUGCUUGAGAAGAUAUUUUUCAUUGCAUCCUUGGAAGGAAACAAAUGGUCGCCAUGUUGUUGUUCACACAUUGCAUAUUGGAUGGGGUAAUUUUUUCCUCCCCUCUUGUGGUGAUUUUCACAGUGUCAAAUGUUUACCAAAAUCUUAUGCACUUGGGAAGAUUUUCAGGGAUUAGAAAUUAUGCUGGCUGAAAUGUAAUUUAGAGGUAUGUAUAUAUAAAUUCUUAGGAAGUUGAUUCAUUUAACAUUCCAUUUUCUGAAGCUACAAUACUGAAGUCUUGAGAUAGUUUUUCUUA